AUGUGUUUCUUUCUCAGCAACCUCUCCUUCCAGGAGGCUUGGUACAUCCAGCUACUGUUGGUGAACUUUCUUGUUGAAAGCAAGAAUAUAUCUUUUGAAGGCAGUCUGAUGCAGCUUUACUUCUUCAGCUCCCUUAUUUGUACUGAGUGUGUCUUCCUUGCAGUUAUGACUUAUGAUUGUUACGUGGCCAUUUGCAAUCCCCUGAGCUAUUCAGUCAUCAUGUUACUUGCCACAUGCUCCUGGCUCAUGGGCUUCUUUAUCUCCAUGCUGAAAGUACUUUUCAUCUCUCAGAUGUCUUUUUGUGGCUCCAAUAUCAUCAAGCACUUCUGGAGUGACAUCAGACCCUUGCUGAAUAUAUCAUGUAUGGACAUGAUGGUGACUGGAACAGUGAAUUUCAUCCUGGUCUUACUUAUCUUGCUGGUUUCACACUCUGUCACAAUUAUUUCCUAUAUAUGCAUCAUCAGCAGCAUCUUGCAUAUCCCCACACCCCAGAGCAGGAAGAAAGCCUUCUUCACCUGUGUUUUGCACCUCGCUGUAGUCGUCUUCUUUUCAGUCUUUCUGUUCAUGUAUGCGUGACCCAAAAGAAUCCAUUUUUUUUACUUCAACAAACUGGUAUCUACUGUGUACACUACUGUAUAUCCCAUGCUAGAUCCCUUCAUUUACUGCCUAAGGAACCAGGAGGUUAAAGUGGCUUUGAAAAAAUCUUCAUUGUUAGGCAGAUGUUCUCCAAGGUAUUUCAAGCCAUUGCUGUCCACCAUUAAGAUAGUUCCUAUUGACAGAAUGUGCGAGAGUUAG